AAUAAAUAAAAUGUUUACUUGUAAAUUGUGAUUCGCAAAUGUAAAGGUGAAUAAUUAGUUGUAUUUUUGCGUUAAUAUCUUUUAUCUCAUCGUAGAGGCUGCAUUUCGUACGUAUCAUUAGUGUGCAGUGAUUUCAAAGCGAUAUCUUAUCACCUAAGUAUAUAAAUCUCAGACAUACUCUUAAAAACAUGUCUUGCUAGCUGCUGUAAAACUGACGCAGAAUAAUCAUCAUCAGCAGCAAUUACGUGCCAACACAUCGUAAGCAACUAGAACUGCUUGCUCGCAAAUCCAACUACGUUAUCCGAAUUAGUUCAAGCUGAUUGCUAGGCACACUUAAAUCUAGCAAAACAGCCGAGGCUUCGGCCAUUCAGACUCGGAAUCCUGGGUGCUUUAGUAAGCCUAGUCAUGGACAGCGGCGCAGGCACAACCGAAAGCGAAGAAAUAGCGGUUUUACGUCACGCUAAAUAUUUUGUGCGAUUUUUGAAUAUUCUUCCGGCAAGAUUGGCUUCGCAUGAUUCUACCAGGGUAACAAUAGCAUUUUUCGCGGUGAGUGGUUUGGAUGUUCUGGAUGCGCUGUAUUUGUUGUCGGACUCGUUCAAAAAAGAUAUAAUCAAUUGGAUCUACAACCUGCAAGUGAUUCCCAAACCCGGCUCAAGAGCUUGCGGAGGAAUUCAGGGAUCAAACAGUCUGAAUAUCGCAAAUCCGCCGGAAUGUUGUGGGCUUGAUGCAUAUCGUUGGGGCCAUUUGGCGGUCACGUACACGGGAAUUGCAGUCCUAGCGGCGUUAGAGGAUGACUUGUCCAAACUCGAUAGAAAAGCAAUAAUCGCAGGUGUAGCCGCCGUGCAGCGGGAUGACGGCAGCUUCAGUGCCACCAUCGAGGGAAGCGAGCAUGAUAUGCGGUUUGUGUACUGUGCUUCUGCAAUUUGUGCCAUGCUCAACGAUUGGGGCAAAGUGGACAAGCAGAAAAUGGCCGACUACAUCGUUAAGAGUAUUCGUUACGAUUAUGGCAUAAGUCAACACUACGAAAUGGAAUCGCACGGAGGUACGACAUUCUGUGCCAUAGCCGCGCUUCAAUUGAGUGAUCAGUUGGAUAUUCUGACACCGACGAUGAAGGAAAAAAUUAUCCGGUGGUUGAUCUUUCGUCAGCAAGAUGGCUUUCAAGGUCGUCCCAAUAAGCCAGUUGACACUUGCUACUCGUUUUGGAUUGGAGCAACUCUAAAAAUUCUCGGCGCCUUCGAGCUGACCAGCUAUAAGGACAAUCGACAUUACGUGUUUUCUACACAGGACAAAACUGUGGGAGGGUUUUCGAAGUGGCCCGGCUCGCAUACCGACCCCUUUCAUACGUACUUCGGCCUUUGCGGUUUAAGUUUCAUGCAAGAGCCCGGUUUACAACCAGUGAUACCGAGUUUAAACAUAUCGCAGCGAGCAUUCGAUAGACUGAAACAACUGCAUGCUGCUUGGGAGCUAGAAGCACAGUCCGACGUGAGAGUUAACAUAGAGUAAGAUGGCAGGAGAACACAAACCGAGGAGACAAAAGUGAACCGCAGAUUUCUCGCACACUAAAAUAGAUGUUGAAAAUAUAUGAUGUAUAAUUUUA